AUGGCCGCAUCUCUGCUGCUGAGGAACGCUUGCCGUCGUUCGUUGCUGCAGGGUUACGGAAGUAAUAUCACCCUUCCCUUGGUAGCAGCACGUUCGAUCGUCCUGAAGCCGGCACAAUCGGACGUCCGUCCUGGCGAGUCGCACGACGACCGAAAUGCACGUCUGAAGCGACCUCAGUCACCACAUCUGACCAUCUACAGCUUCCAGCUGACCAGCAUGCUUUCGAUUACGCACCGUUUCACCGGACUGGCGCUGACCGGGUACAUUACCGCACUUGGGCUCGGUGCGCUGGCUAUGCCCCACGACGCCACACACUACCUGACGAUGCUGGAAGGACUGAGCGCUCCGACGCUAAUUGCGCUCAAGUUCACGCUUGCUUACCCGUUCGCGUACCACACGGUGAACGGUGUGCGCCAUCUGUUCUGGGACUUGGGCAAGUUCCUUACCAUCAAGGAGGUGUACACUACCGGUUACACGAUGCUGGGUGUCUCCGGUGUGCUGGCCGGUUUGUUGACAGCGCUGUAG